AUGGGUCUACACGUCUCUCCCGCAUGGGCACUACCACAUGAACACAAGAUCUUGCAGCAGCCCGAUCUGGAGAGCCGGGCGGUGCGCCGAGGAUCUUUUUGCACAAAUCUACAACCACCGCUUCAUGGCAACUCGCCACAGCCUGAACAGUGGAGCCAACUUCUUUCACUCGCCUCUUCAAACGAAAUGAAAGCUGCUCCAACAGUUGUCCAGUUUCUUCGGGUGCCGUCUGUGUUAGAGGGUAUGAAGGUGGAGGUAUUCGCUCUCUAUUCCGAAAAACUGGUUGGAGAGGUAUCAGGAUAA